AUUUCCAUUCUAAUGGGCAAGUGGCGCUCAGUUGAUCAACGAAACGAUUUGAUUAGAUCUGGUCAAGGAAUGGAACAAGUGAGUAAACAGGAUUUUUGGAAUCUUUUCAAGAGCAUGUUACUGGACCUGCUAAACAUGAAUAGAGAGAAGGGCGGGUGUUAGUUGAGUAGAAGAGAGAACAUCAAGUUGGUAUCAAGUUCUCAGUGGAAAAGGUUAUUCACCGUUAUUCCAAUCCAGUUUGUUCUCUAAAUGUUCAGGUUAUAGUGGAACUUGUUGUGUUCUUUUCAUUCAACAAAACUUUCUGUUCUUUCAUUUCUAUGAUCAAAGUGAUAGUUUGAAUAAAUCUUUGUUCCGGUUAUUGGAAAUUAUGUUAAAUAUUUCAUUCCAUUUGUUUCUUUAAUCCACCGAAAGUUUGUUAUUCAAAUUCAACGAGUUCAGUUGAUUUGUGUUCAUGUAAUUGUCAUUUCUUUUCCAAUUCUGAUUCACCAUGAUUCCAAUCAUUUUCCAUCGCCAGAAUUUCAUCAUUAUUUCACUUUAAUUCAUCUUUCAAGCUCAUGUUGUUAAUCUCCUUCAAUGUUUAAUCUUCAUCAUCGCCCUAAUUUGUGAUCAACUAUUUGUUAUUUGGUAAGUCAACAUUUCAAGAUGAACAUGAUUAGUAUUUCUCAGCAUAAAAAUUGUCACCAACUUGUAGUUAAAUUCUGACACCAUUCACAUGGGAAAUGUCUUAACAUUUAUACAUAUAAAUCAACAAAUUACUCAAUGAGUUACUACAUUGACGAGAUUAGUGUGGAUGCUUAAGGCCAUGGAGAUAAUUCCCGGAAUCAGGCCAAAGAAUUAAUUUACGAUAACAUCUUAAUAACAAACGAACUGGGCAACUAAGUAACGAUAAUAAUCUAAAUUGAGCCUAAUUUAUGUCAACGAUCAACUAACGAAAUUACUAUUAUAUUGUAAUUGGUACCAAACACUGAGAAUCGUUUUUGACAAGAUUAUUUAUUAAUCUUUUCGCCUUAAGCGUGACUAAAGUAAUAGGGUUAACAUGUUAUUUAAAGCUACAAUUGUUAUCAACAGAGUGAAAAUCAAAUAUUAACACAUUUGAAUGUUGUGAUAACCUCAACAGAUUGACAGACAAUUAUCGUUCUCGAUGAUAUAAUUCAUCAACUACCUGGAACACCAAGUCAACACCAACUUUUAAUAAUAGCAUCAGAUGAGCUGCUUACAUUUGUUCACGUGUCAAUGUUUCCCACGAAGCCUCUUAGUUAACAAAUUAAGAUCAUCAAAGAUGAAAGUAUCUCUCCAAGAAAAUUGCUCCUACAAUCAAGAUAAAUCAUCCACAUUGAAUAGACCAACAGUGUCACAGGAAUUUGAUAACUUGUCCAGUUACACUCUACCUCGUGGUAAUCAAUAUAAAUCGUCAUCUCUACCACCCCCACCACCUACAAGAACCACCAAAGUGACCAAUCAAUCAUCAAUAUCGAACACAAUUAAAAACUCAAGACCAGUUUCUAUUACAUCUAAUUCACUGACCAUGAGUGCUGAAGAUGAUUCAUGUGCAAUUAAUGAACUUCUUGAAGGUCGAAUGAAUUUGACUGUACUUUUACCUCCCGAACUGAUUCGAGGUAAAAGUUUACCACAAGGAGACAGAAUUGUUAUCAAUGUUGAACGGCGAACACCAAUGAUGGACAUUCUGGUCAACAUCGCAACUCAGUGUAAAUUCAACGCUUCAAAGUAUCGGGUUAAGGUCGAUAGUUUUUCCUUCCAAGCAAGUACACCCAUUGGUUCACUCGAUGUCAACACAAUCGCGAUUGUACCCAAGCCCGUGAAGGCGAGUUUCAGAUCGACCGCAGGAACAAGUGAAAUGAAUUUACCCCAAUCGAUGCCAUCAUCUUCUUCAUCAGUCAUCUACUCGAUUCCAAAUAAACAAAGAUCUGCAACAUUGUCUACACCCUUGAUGAAUGUUAAAGUAAAUGAGAACCAAUCAACUAAUUUAAAUUCUAAUCAUCAGGGUUUACCUUUCAUAUCAAAUGUGCCAUUCAAAACAACCUUCAGAUUACAAGUUAAUUUACCAAGAAAUCAAUUGAUGGUUCUUCGUGUUUCUCCUGAAUCAACAAUCGCUCAAAUUAAGAGUAAAAUUUGUGACGAGAAAGAACUCGACUCAUCAAAGUUUCAUUUAAUUGCGAAGAAUGAAAAAGAAAUGCUCAUUCUUGAUUCGAUUAAAUGUUUAGCCGAUUAUGGAGUUAAUGAAGUUACCUUGAUGUCAACUAAUCUUCUAACUAAGACUCAUAUGGAACAAUCGACUUCUCGUCAUCUCGUCAACGGUAACGAUGAAAAUCAACUGCAGGAUCUCAAUAAUUUAAAGGAACAAUCAGCUAAUCAAGUAGCAAUUAAGAUGAAUAAAGGAGGCAAGAAGAGAGCGGCUCCUUUGCCUCCCAAAAUAUUGAAUGUCGAUGAUGUAAAGAUUGGUUCUAAUGAGGAACCGAUUGAAUGUGAAGAAAAUAAUUCCAUGGACAAUGUUCACUAUCGACAGGAUUCGGGGUCUGAUUCUAGUGGUUACCAUGAAUCAAUGAUCUCUUCUGAAUCUCACAAAUCGUUAUCAGAGGGUUCGAAUCGCCUCGCAGGUCAGAAUAAAUUGAAUCGCAAAGAGAAUAUGAGAAAGGGGAUUGUUAAAAAACGCAAGGCUCCUCUUCCACCUGAUUGGAGAGAUAAAAGUGAAAUAAGUGAAUCAGUUGAUUGUUCGAGUGAUGUAAGUGUCGCUCUUUCAGCUUCUUCCGGUUCAAGUAGACAAAGUAAUUAUCGAGUCCUUGGUGGAAGAGCAUCAAGUAGAGACAUUCAACCGGAAGAUGAACCUUCAUUCACUUUGGUUUCAGAAUGUAACGAUUUAGAUGCUGCGAUUCUGAAAGCAAGUGAUUCAGCUCCAAUUCCUAGUCCUGACUCAGGAACUUGUUCUCAUGUCCCCAUGGAUGAAGAAAAGAGUAAUGAUGGAAUCACUCAGUUCCCUGGAAGUGGAAUCAUGAGUGAUUCAGCCAUUGGCGAUACAAUUAUUGAGGAAGCUGAGAAUGAGUUAGAACAAGAAAGUUUCAGUUAUGAGACAAAUAAACGAUUAUUGAUGAAACCACUUUCAUAUUCAUCGACUUCAUCGCUAAGAUUUGACCGAGAUUCUUGUAAAACUAUAAAUAAGCAAAUCGACACAAUUCAAGAAAUGGAUUCACCGACAUUGGCGAAUGGAAAAUAUCUAAGUUAUUCUGAAAAAUCGUUGAAUUCAAAUUAUGAGCAAUUCGAUGAAACCGAUUAUCCAAAAAGUAUUUCAAAUGAAAAUCAAUUAUCCCCAAGUAUCAUUCUCGAUAACGAACCAUUGAAAGAGGAGGUCGAGCCGGACACGAAUGUUACACCAACCAUUUCAAGUGAAAGUGGUCUCAAAGUGAAUGACCAUGAAAGUGAAAUACUUACUCAGGAAUCAACAUGUAGACCAAAUAAUCAUUUGAAUAUAAAUGAUGAUAAUUGUGAGAAAUCAGUUAAGAAUAGCGAUGAAAUUUCUCCAGAUGAAUUUGAAGAAUCAAAUGAAAGAGAAACAUCGCUUUCGUCUUCAAUUGGAACCAUUUCAAUUGAAGAUCAAGAAGAUGGAACGAGUAACAAUCAUAAAGAUUUCUCAUCAGAUGCCAAUCAAAUAGAAGAAGAAUCUUCCAUAGAAAGUACAAGGACGCCCACAAUUGUUUCCGAAAUGAAAACAAUUAUGAAUGGAGAAACUGAUUGUCACAAGAAUGGAAAUGAAAAAAGAGACGAUUGUUUGUUUGGACAGGACGUCAAGACAAGGACACCGAGAAUUGAUCAGAAUAAUGAUCCUGAAGAUAAUGGUGACAGUGUUUCAAGUGAACUUGUUCGUGACUUGUGUCGUCCACGAGUUAGACUUACGAAUUUCAAGAUUGGCUCUUAUAAAGAAAUCGAAAAUUUGGACAUUUAUCAAUCCAACAACUCGAAUGAUUUCAAGGAGAGAUUUGAUUCAUCAAAUUGUGAUGCAGUUAAACCAGUUAUCGUAACUGCAUCAUUUAAAAACGUCAAUUUAUCGGCUUGUAAUGAGUUCGGUCAUAACAACGUCAACACUAAAUCAACCAAUUCAUCUCAGAACAAAAUCUCAGUGAUGGCUCCACAGCCUUUCAAGCUGAAUAGACUCGCCUCUUGGAGUGGAACUGACACCAAAAGCUUUCGCCAGGCUUAUUCAAAUGUUUCUAAUUGCAUUGAAGACAGGGAAACAAUAGCUGAAAAGGCUGAAAAAAUUGAGAAAGUUCUGAGAAUCAGUAGGCACAAAGAUCAAUUAUCUUGUCUAAAUAAUGUUGAUAAUGUUUCUCAUGAGCCUUCCAGAGGCUCAGCCCACGAGUCUCAAACUGUUAAUAUCUCAAAUUCAAGUCAUCGUUGUGUCUCUCAAAUUGAACUAAAUGGCGACUCUUCAAAAGUUUCUAUUCGUAAUACAGUGACAACAAUCAAAGGAAUCAACAAUUUGGGUGAAUCUCCAAUUCAAGUGACAACAUUUGUAAAAUCUAAGCAAUUAGAUAAAAGUGAUAAACAAACUGAACCAAAUCAACUUGGUAAACAGAAACAAUCUGAUGAAACUAAUACAAAACUUGAGAUAAUCAACACUGUUAAACCUUCACCGAAAACAUUGGCGAUUAAGGUUGAUCCAAUCAGCCCGAUGUUCAAUAUAAUUCCAACUAAAACGACGGAGCCAAAAGGUUCUAAGCCUAAAGUACCUUUGCCCGUUUUACCAUUGAUCGUCUCGCAGCCUCCGCCUCCUCCUCCACCUCCACCGCCUCCAAUGCCCAAGGCAACCAAAAUUGCGAGUAAAUUAAACACGAACGCAUCCACCCAACGAAGUAAAUCUAGUAACGACCAAACGAACGGAAAAGAAAGACCCAAUUCGAAAAGUGUGCCAAAAUUUAGAAAAACAAUUUUGAAUGUCGGUGGCUCAUCAGCAUCCAAAGGAGAUUUUCAUGAUGCUUUACUGAAUGAAAUACGAGCCUGUGGAGGACGAAGGGCCCUUAGGAAAGUCAAUAUCAAUCGUUGAUUCGAUCAAGAUGAACGAGAAAAAUGAUUGACUCGAACAUGUUUAACUUAUCUUUGCUUUAGAACUUGUUGUUUUUUUUAUAAUUGUAAAUACGAAGAUUAUUUCUCCUAAAUUGGAUCAACAAUUAUCUCGAGUCAGUCUAAUAUAAAUGAAGGAAUCAUAAUUUUAGUUAUUCUCACGAUACUAAUAUGUAACAAUUUUGUGCAAUAAUAUAAAAGUUAUUUGAUUAAAUCAAGUAGACAACGAGUUUCGUUUGUUUAUUUUUCCACAAA